AUGAACGCUUGCUUGGUGUGUCUGGGGGCGUUGGUGGCGGGUCUGCUCGCGCAGGCGGGGCUGGCCGGGGCUCGCGACUACUACGUGGGCAUGUUCAAGAGGAACGACUACCUCGUCGCUCAGGACACGCUCUACGCGCAGCGAGUGCCCUUCAACAUCGCUUACGCCAAGUACGGCAGGGUCUUCUCCUGUCCGAUAACAUACUUUAGGGUAGUGGACCGGCUGGGUGUGGGCCGCGGCCCCUCGGUCCGAGUGAUCCGUGGCGGAUUGGGACACAAAUACCUUGUGCUCAAACUCGCCUCCUCCUACGAUCGACCCAUCUCUGCUAACCUGUACGUGGGCUGCUCCUCUCAGAAGACCACCAGGCCGCCUCCCGCCCCCAGCUCCGAUGAACAGGACACUACAGAAGAUAACGUCAGCUCUGAUGAACGACAAACAAAAGGGUUCACAACAAAUACUCGUAGUGCUGUAACGAAAGCGAACUACACAACGAAUAUCGAGACACGCGACCUCCCGGCCGCCACUACCGCCGCGGCCCUCACGCAGCAGUCGUCCCCCGGCAACGCCAGCGCCGCGCCCUCUCCUGCCGCCCCGGGGAACGCGUCGCUGGCCGGGUAG